UCUGGGUUGAUGUUAUCUAAAGUCAGUGGCAAGACGACUCCAGACCCUGUGUCUUAUUUUGUGAUUGCUGUUUCUCUGAUCACCCUUGGGUAAAAAUAUUGGAGAAAGUAUGGCUUCUUCAUAGUUCAUGAAAGCAACUGCAUCUGUGUAUUUGAGGUAGAUAACCUGAUCCAACUCUGAAGAAUUCAGGGGAGGAAGCGAAGCCUUCUACUUGAGCAUCCCUGAUAUAAACAGGAAAUGAAGACAUUGCCUGCCAAGCUUGGAAUGGGGAUAUUUUUGGGGAUCCUCUUCCUAAUUCCAUUUGCAGGCAUCUGGAGUAUCAACGGGGACGAGUUGUGUGAUGUGCAACUUUACAUUAAGAGAUAUUCCAUAUAUGUUGUGCCAUCAGGGGACCCAUUUGAACUGGAAUGCCCUGUGAAAUAUUGUGCGAAUAGACCUACUGUGACCUGGUGCAAGCUCGAAGGAAACAGCUGUCUACAUCUUGGGGAUAGACUUCACGGGUACAUGGCUUGGGAAGAAAGGAAGAAUAUUCCAGUUUUUAUUCUGCAUUUUAAUCAAGUGCUUGCGAGUGACAGUGGGUCAUACCGCUGUUCUGUGAACUCUACGUCUGGACUUAUUGAAAGCCACUCAGUUACCAUUAAUGUGACAGAAUGGACUCAAAAUAAUUCAGAACACCCUCUUAUAAUAUUGACUAAUAUUUCAGAUACAAGGAAUGCCUCAGGACCACCCUCCAAGGAAGAGAUUGUGGACCAACAAUGGAUCCUUUAUACUUUUUUUCCUUUGGUGGUUUUGCCUCUACUCAUUGUCUGUUCCUACCUAUGCUGCUUCCUUACAAGGCGCCGAGGGGAAGAAAUGAAGCUUUCUGAUACAACAGGAAGGGAAAUUAACCUGGUUGAUGUUCCCCAACCCUUUAGGAAUGAGGAUACUGAAGUCAGCACCAGGCAAAAUUCCCAAAUAUUGCCAUCAGGAACUGGAAUUUAUGAUAAUGACCCCUGGUUCAGGGUCCAGAGAAAGUCUGGGGUUUAUUUUAACCCAUGUCUGGAAGAAAACAAACAGGGCAUUGUUUAUGCAUCCCUGAACCAUUCCAUCAUUGGAAUGAACCCAAGACAGGCAAGAAAUGUGCAAGAAGCACAUACGGAAUAUGCAGCCAUAUGUGUGAGGAGUUAAAUCUGGUCUUGAUCUCCCACAAGUGACCACCAACUGAUCUGCCAGUCAACACCACUAUCUGAGACCAAAAGAAUGUCAAACAAUAGUCCUUGACCUGAGAAGUUUCACUUUAAGGAGGUUCACAUUGGUGCUUGGGUCUUAAGCAUCCAUAGGACAAACGGCUAAAAUUUCUCCCAGAAACUUCUUUGGGAGCUUUUUAUAUUAUAGCCUUGGACAACAAAAUCUUCUCUCCAAAACUGAAUGAUGUCUUGAAUAGCAGAGUAGUAGAAUAUUUAGACUCAGCUACAUUUUACCUGAUAUACAAACUCAGUAUUUUCUUUGGGGCUAUCAGAGAGACUUGUAGGAAAGAGAGGUUGACAUUAUCUAGAUCAGUUCACUACACACUCUUGAAAAAGAAUGUCCCAAUUUGGCUAACUAAACAUAAAUACAGUAAUGAUUGUGUGUUUAUUUCCAACCUUCCAUAAUAACAAAUCUUCCUUUGUCAAUCUCAUAUUGGAAUUUCUUAAAUGUAAAAGAGAAACAAUUUUAGACUUGAUGAUAUAAGAAAAGAAUGGAAAGGAUAAAUCAUGCAAUAAAGAUGUGGAAUAUACCAACUGGAUAUAGUGUAGAUGUUCCCCAUGCCUGACAAGCAAAUACUGAUAUCUAGCCUGUUAGAUUGCUAAGCAGAUAGAGGCAGUAACAGAGCAAUUAAUGAACGGUGCAUUUAUAACCAAAGUGGUGACAGUGUUUGGGUAACAUAGACUAAUAUAUAUGAAUGUGACAUAAUGCUGCUGAAUUAAUAUACUUGUGAGUGUCCAAAUAAAUGUAAAAAUGAGUGCCAAUAUGUAUCAUCAAGCAAGAGCAUAUUAAUGGCUUAAACUGCUUCACUGUUGACCUGAUAGCAAAUUAAAAACACAAUUAAUGGAACGAAGAGAAGUCCAGAAUACUUAGUUGGCCAGUAUGGGUCAACAUACUUUCAUUUACUGCGUCUAUAUCUUGCUGUUCUUCUUACUAAACAUUAGGGGCAAAUCAUACAUAGUGAAGUAAUGCAGUUUGAUAGUCAUUUAUUUUAAAAUAAUGUGGUUGCAGCCACUAACGAGUAUAGCAAGAAGAGACGGUUUCAGAGUUUCUGAGUUUCCAGAGUACAUGGUCUAAUUAUUUCAAAAAUAGCUUCUAACUUUAUGCAAUAGCUUGAGGCUGUUAGGAUUCUCAGAUGCUUAUAGAUAAUGCUAUAGACCUCAUAAAAAGUGGAUAGCAAGGCUUAGGGUCUAUUUGAGCAGAUACGUAAGCUGCUGCACAAAUGAAUGUGGGAUGUGUUUUGUGUGAGAGAGAGUGUGUGUUAGUGUAUGGAAGGAAGGGAAGGUGACUUACAGAAAUGGUAAAAAGAGAAAACAAAAAACUGACAUUCCAUUGCAGUUUGCUAAAGAAACUCAAAAUAUUAGAGUAAAUGGGUCAUUAAAGAAAAUGUACGAAAAUACUGUAUUAAGUUAUGGGGACGGGAGUAUGACAUCCCAUAAUAGUUUUUGUCCCAGAAAGACAAAACUGAGAUUUGGUGGCAGAGUUUAUCUUAUGUAAGACUGGCAUUCAGAUUUUGCCCCAUUGGAUUGGGGUUCUGGGAGUUGUUUUAGAGUCACUGUCGUCUAGCCAGUGUGAUAGCAUUAUACCCAGAAUUUUGAACAAUUCUAGUAGGCUCUUUCAGCCAAGACACAUUUGUGGGGAACUAACUAUGCAAAAGAUAUAGUAGAGUAGCUGCUGUGCUAUUCUGAGAAAUAGAAACAGGAAGUAUGGGGGAGAACAUAUUUAGCUGGCCUUGUCAGAUGAACACAAAGCUGAACAGUUCCUUUGCGAUUUUCCUGAAUUUAAACAACAAAAUGUUUCUAUUGUUGAGAGUGUUCUUAGCAUGGCUUACAGUAAAGAUAACGUUGAUAAUGAUUUCGACUGGUAAUGAUUUAUACUUAUAUUUGUACCAUGCUGUGCAAACCACAAAUCGUUUAUGUUCUUAUUCCUCCUUACUAAAAGAUGUCAGACAGGGAGAUCAACUCAAUGAUGGGUGAUGACUUAGA